AGGGUGAACCACUGGGCCAAGCCCCAAUUUUUGGAGGGUUCCUUCGCCAGUUUCUUCGUUUUAGUUUCACUCGGUCCCUAUGGCGGCGAGGACAUUGGCUCAGUUCCAACAAGCUUCACUUCAAAACGGAGGAAACCGGAACUAAAUAAGACAAAACCCAGCCUAGUCUCAACUUCUAAACAUAAGCGCAAGCAUGAACAACGCUUGUGUUCUAAUGACAUGUCCAAUGUUCACAUACCUCGAACAAGAACUUGAAACCCGCUUCAAGCUCAUCAAAUUAUGGGACCAUUCAUCUUCGAAGACUGAAUUCUUCAACAACUACUCGAGUUCCAUCAAAGCAGUGGUCGGAAACACCAAAGUUGGAGCUGAUGCGAAACUGAUUGAUUCACUGCCCAAUUUAGAGAUUGUUGCAAGCUACAGCGUUGGCCUGGACAAGAUUGAUUUGGACAAGUGCAAACAGAGAGGAAUUAAGGUUACUAACACCCCUGAUGUAUUGACUGAUGAUGUAGCUGAUUUGGCUAUUGGGUUGGCAUUGGCUGUUUUGAGGAAAGUUUGUGUUUGUGAUCGGUUUGUCAGGAGUGGGAACUGGAUCAGUGGUGAUUUCGGAUUGGCUACGAAGUUCAGUGGUAAAUCAGUUGGAAUUGUUGGGUUGGGCAGGAUUGGAUCAGAAAUCGCAAAAAGGGCUGAAGCUUUUCAGUGCCCUAUCAGUUACCACUCCAGAUCUAAGAAACCAAAUACAAAUUACAAAUACUACUCAAACAUUGUUGACUUGGCUGCCAAUUGUGAAAUCCUUGUUGUGGCCUGUGCUUUGACAGAGGAAACUCACCACAUUGUUAAUCGCAAAGUAAUUGAUGCAUUGGGUCCAAAAGGUUUUCUUAUCAACAUUGCACGAGGUGCCCAUGUGGAUGAACCUGAGCUUGUAUCUGCAUUACUCGAAGGCCGGUUGGGUGGAGCUGGACUUGAUGUAUUUGAAAAUGAACCUGAGCCACCUGAGAAACUGUUUGCACUAGAUAAUGUUGUCCUAGUGCCCCAUGUGGGUAGUGACACUGAGGAAACAAGCAAGGCAAUGGCUGACCUUGUGAUAAGCAACUUGGAGGCACACUUUAAGGGUGAGCCCUUGUUGACUCCUGUUAUAUGAUUUUGUUCAAGUAAUGCAGGUACAUGAGCUACAGCAAUAUCAAGACUUGACAAGGAUGGAUGAUGUAUUCUAGAACCAGAUUGGUUUCUCAUGAUUAUUGGUUGAAUGCCAUUUCUUAGUGAAAGGAUAUUUGACCCGUAACAUUAUCAGUUACAUUUUUUAGAUAAUCUUUUUGCCCCUUGCUGGGAUGUAAAUCUAUGCUAAUAAUAGCUGGUUGUCAGCCUGUUCCCUUCAA